AGCACCAACCACUGCUUCUACCUCUCUCUCUCUCCCUCUCUUCCUCGUUCGCACACCACCUCACCCUCCCUAACCCGUCCAAUUCGCCCAGCAUGACUGUCACCAGUGUCACGCGAAACGAGCUCUGGCGGCACCCGGACCCCACCUCGACUCCCAUGUGGGCAUUCCUCCUCCGUGUGAAUUCCAAGUAUGGCCUUGAACUGGCAGACUACCCCGGCCUGUACAAGUGGUCCAUUGAGAACGUGGCAGAGUUCUGGGAGGAAGUGUGGCAUUUUGUGGGCAUCACCGCCUCCAAGCCGUUCGACAAGGUCCUGCCGCUCAAUGCACCCAUGUACCCGCGUCCAGACUUCUUCGAGGGUGCCCGUCUCAACUUCGCCGAAAACCUGCUUUUCCCGGCCAACGUCGCCGUCGACCCCACAGCCGUCGCGACCAUCACCACUACCGAACUCGGCCCCUCCGUCUCCACAACAUGGGCCGAGCUCCGAGAUGCCGUCCGCCGCUGCUCUGCCGGUCUCCGUGCCCGCGGUGUCCGGCCCAAUGAUAUCGUGGCCGGUUUCGUCUCCAAUCAUGUACAAGCCGUCGUUGCCGCCCUCGCCGCUGCUUCCGUUGGUGCCAUCUGGACCGGUAUCAGCCCCGACAACGGUGUCAGCGCCGUGCUCGACCGUCUGGCCCAGAUUGGGCCCAAGGUCCUCUUCGCUGACAAUGGCACCGUGUACAACGGCAAAGAGUGGAGCAGCACCGACAAGACCGAAGAUAUUGUCAGGGCUCUGAUGCAGAACGGCCUGGAGCUUGUUGUUGUCAUCAACAACGUCGGAUGUGAUCUUGGCAUUGAUGGCUUGACGGCCACGAAUGUUGUCGCCGAGGAAUAUGAGUCCUUCCUGCAGAGCUCUCCUGAUGAGCCGCUCAAGUUCGAGCAGCUCCCCCCCUCGCAUCCACUCUACAUUCUCUACUCCAGCGGCACAACAGGCCUGCCCAAGGCAAUCGUGCACACGGCCCUGGGCACCCUCAUCCAGCACAAGAAGGAGCAUGCCCUGCACGGCUCCCUCACCUCAUCCUCGCGCAUGCUCUACUAUACGACCACCUCCUGGAUGAUGUGGCACUGGUCCGUAUCGGCCCUCGCCGUCGGCGCCACCAUUGUCCUCUACUCGGGCUCCCCUUUCAAGCCCCACGGCCACCUUUCUCUCCCGCGUCUCCUCUCCAGUCUCCGCAUAACCCACUUCGGCACCUCCGCUGCCUACCUCACCGCCCUCGAGGCAAACGCCGUCUACCCCGUCAACGAGCCCGGCAUCGAUCUUUCGCCCCUCGAGGCGAUCUAUUCCACCGCCAGCCCCCUCCCGCCCUCUACCUUCUCCUUCGUCUACAAGGCCUUCCCGUCCAAGGUGAACCUCGCCUCCAUCACUGGCGGGACCGAUAUCAUUUCCCUUUUCGGCGCCCCGUGCCCCCUCCUGCCCGUUCGCGUUGGCGAGAUCCAGUGCGCGGGCCUUGGCAUGGCCAUCCGCGCCGUCGACUCCCUCUCGGGCAAACCUCUCCCCGACCCGUCCCAUCCGGGUGACCUCAUCUGCACGGCCCCGUUCCCCUGCCAGCCCCUGACCUUCUUCGGCACCGGAGGCGACGCGAAAUACAAGGCGGCCUACUUUGAGCGCUUCGCUGACGUCUGCGGCGUCAAAGGCGCUGUCUGGCACCACGGUGACUUUGUGAAGAUCCCGAACCCAGCCACCGGGUCGCUCCUCAUGCUCGGUCGCUCCGAUGGCGUCCUCAAGCCCGCGGGCGUGCGAUUCGGCAGCGCCGAGAUCUACAACAUCCUCACGCGCUUCUUCGCGCCCGAGGUCGAGGACGCCGUCUGCGUCGGCCGGAGACGCGCCACGGACGCCGACGAGACUGUGUGCCUCUUCGUCGUGCCCGCCGCCGGACGCCACUUCGACGACGAGCUGCGGGCCAAGAUCAAGAGCGUCAUCCGGAGGGAGCUGAGCCCUAGACACGUCCCUGGUGUCGUCGAGGAGGCCCGCGGCGGCAUUCCGAAGACUGGCAACGGCAAAAAGAUCGAGGUAGCGGUUAAGCAGAUCCUCUCGGGCAUGGACGUCAAGACAAACGCGAGCGUCGCUAACCCCGAGGCCCUGGAGUGGUUUCGCGCGUGGGCCACGACGCAUUAAUUUGUCUCCUUGUUCGCAAUGAUUUUCGUGCGAGAGGCCACUUCUCCUCACCGCUUGACCUCGAUGCUACCACGCCGCGAGGGCCAGUCUAGGUGACACACGGGGAAACAAACCGGAGGAAACAGCUGUACGGCUUGCAUUGGCUUGUUCGGCAUGCCCAAAGCGUCGGUGGGAUUCGGAGUUGGAGUCGAUGCCGGUGUUGGUUUUGAUUUUGGUUUUGUUUUGGUUUUGGCAAUGGCGGUGGCGGCGGUGUUGGUGGUGGUGAAGGGUCUCUCAUACAUGCGACCCAAUGCCAAAGAAUAUGAUUGGCAGCCGGAAGCAUCUGGAUUUGGUCCCGUCCUCUCGGGAUCUGGACAGGAUAGAACGUGACGGCACCGGCCGGCCAUACAUCUGCGUAAGGGGGGUGGUGGGUGUGUGUGGUGGCGUGUGAAGAGUACGUACGAUGGAGAAACCGCCCACGGGUGGCCCCCGUCCAUAUCCCAUCCGAGAUCUUCCAUCACCCAGUCCCCACCCCCAUGCGCGCCACUCGGAACGGACCGGCUGACCCGGGAGCUGCAGACCCAGCAGGCUGGGUGUGACAUGUGGUUGGUGGAGGAAGAGGUGGACGAGGAGACGGUCUACCAUAGGAAGGAGGGGGGUGAAGGCGUGGACUUAGAGAACUGCAUGGUCCCCUAUUUCAACUGCAUCUCUUCUCUGUUGCGGCGGGACUGUCCUUGGGGCUUCUGCAGCGUGCAUGCGCUUAUGAUCUGGGUCUUCUGUUUUUGCUUGUACGGACAGAUCUGAAUGGCGGGAACUAGACUGAUCAGGGAAGGGGGGAGGAAUUUCAUUACGAAUUUGAACUUGAGGGCUAUACAAAACGAAAAACGAGAAUAGACAUGGAUUUCACGAUUCGGGUUGUUUUCGCUCAUGGGAAAAGUUUGGGGCCAAGACUUCGAGCGACCGACUUCAUCACCAAUCGAAAGCGGCUUAGAGGGAGAAAACCAUCAUCACCUUGCUUACCCAGCAAGAGAGAC